UUCUCAAUACUAAAACUCAAUUCCCCGCCAGGCCUGCCAGACACCUGCGCCGGCCCGCAGCCACCGCGGCAGCUGCCAGCGUGUGUGGCCCAGACAUCCAGACGCCGUCUGCCAUCCAGAUCUGCAGGAUCAUGCGGCCAGAUGACGCCAGUGUGGUCCGCAAUGUAGGGGUGACCAUCUUGAAGAUGAUCGAGGAGGUGGGCGCCAUCAUCAGCACCUGGCAUUGCAACAGCCAGAACAGGGACCGCUGUGUGGCCACUCUGGCACGGGUCGAGCACACCGACUUCCUGUGGCCCAUGUGCAUCGGUGAGGUGGCCCACAUCAGCGCGGAGAUCACCUACACUUCCAAGCACUCAGUGGAGGUGCAGGUCAACGUGAUGUCCGAAAACAUCCUUACAGGUACCAAAAAGCUGACCAAUAAGGCCACCCUCUGGUAUGUGCCCCUGUCGCUGAAGAACGUGGACAAGGUCCUCGAAGUGCCUCCUGUUGUGUAUUCCCGGCAGGAGCAGGAGGAGGAGGGCCGGAAGCGGUACAAAACCCAGAAGCUGGAGCGCAUGGAGACCAAGUGGAGGAACCAGGACGUCGUCCAGCCAGUCCUCAACCCAGAGCCGAACACUGUCAGCUACAGCCAGUCCAGCUUGAUCCACCUGGUGGGGCCUUCAGACUGUACCCUGCACAGCUUCGUGCAUGAAGGCGUGACCAUGAAGCUCACGGACGAGGUCGUCGGGAUCGUGGCUGCACGCCACUGCAAGACCAACCUCGUCACAGCUUCCGUGAACGCCAUUAAUUUUCACGACAAGAUCAGAAAAGACUGCAUCAAGACCAUCUCCGGACGCAUGGCCUUCACGAGCAAUAAAUCCGUAGAAAUAGAGGUCUUGGUGGACGCCAACUCUGUUGCGGACAGCUCCCAGAAGCGCUACCGGGCCGCCAGUGUCUUCACUGUGUCACUGAGCCAGGAGGGUGGGUCGCUGCCCAUGCCCCAGCGCUUGCCCGAGACCCAGGAUGAGAAGAAGCGCUUUGAAGCCUGACUCAGUGGCUCAAGUCUGUAAUCCCAGCACUUUGGGAGGCUGAGGCAGGCGAAUCAUCUGAGGUUGGA